UCUUAUAGUGAUAUACUUGGUGCCCACGGAAAUAAGAAGACAUUGCUUACAAAACAACUCAUAUUUUUAUUUUCAAUCACGAUACAAUUACAGAAAGCGUGUGUGUUCCGUGGUCAGUUCUCAUGUAACGUAAAACUUGACCAGACUCACUCCAGAUUUGUAGGUUAUCUUGACAAGAUCCGGAACGUCUAGCACGCGUAGUGCUAUCCACGGAUAUUGACAUCCCGGAACCGCUCUGUUGUGCAAUAGCUGUUACAAAGUGAACGAUAGCCACAGGCGACAUGUUAAGAACAGUAUGUUUAACGCUUAGAAAGCCCGCAACAAAGUUACUUGUUGAUGGAGGAAGCAAUAAAAGCAAGCUAGUAACAGAGGGGCUACCCAUCGUUCGGCCCAUACACACUCGUACAAAGCCACGCAUUACGCCACCGCCAAAAAUCAAAUCAUCCCAAUCCGACCACACCGCCAGUAUCAGCCCGUUCGGAUGGGGCCUGUUGGUAGGUUCGUUUGCGUUCGGCAACUGCUACAGGAUGUCCCGGCUCUCGGCAUUAAUGGUGACGUUUCACUUCCAGAUUAUCCCGGCGACUACCUUCGGGCUCGGUUGCUGGCAGGUGUACCGAAAGCAGUGGAAGGAGCAGUUAAUAAGCGAUCUUGAACGAAAGAUACACCUGGCUCCGGUUCCCAUACCCGACGACUUGUCCGAGUUGAAUGGAAUGGAGUAUGAAACCGUCACGGUCCGUGGGCAGUUCCUGCACGAUCAGGAGAUCCAUCUGGGUCCUCGGGCUUGCAUACAGCACGGCGAUAGCCACACGACCGGAGGACUCUUCUCGCAGAAGGAAGCUUCAAUCGGUUUCCUCGUGAUAACCCCGUUUAAGCUGGAAGGACGCGACGAUAAAAUUCUGGUGAACCGUGGCUGGGUGCCAAAACGCUUCCUCGAGCCAGAAUCACGUCCGCACGGACAGGUGACUGGAACGGUCGAGCUUAACGGUGUCGUUCGGUUGCCGGAAAAUCGACCCCAGUUUACGCCCAAGCAGCGGGGUGCCAUCUUCAUGUACCGGGAUGUGGAGAAAAUGGCCGACGCGAGGGGUACCAGUCCGUACUUCAUCGAUGCGACUGCUUCGUCCACGGUGCCACACGGUCCGGUCGGUGGGCAAACUCGAGUCACGCUGCGUAACGAACACAUGUCGUACAUCGUGACGUGGUUCAGCUUGUCCGGUUUUACCACCUGGCUGUGGUUCCGUCAGAUCGUGCGGGGCAAAUCGUUCUGAGUAACAACACGCCGUCGUUAACUGUUGAUCUGUAAAUGGAAAUAUACGUUCGUUUUUAGUGUUACAAUAAAAUUGUCUACCUUAACACUUCGAAGCGUGAUGACCACGAUACCGGCUUCAGAUUGCAG